AUGGAUCCCGCCAAGAAUUCGUCGCCUUACCAGAAGGUCCAUGUGCAUUGCUUGAACCCGAAGUCCAUUACGCAGAACCAGCUCUACGGCUCCUUUGAUGAGAUCACUCGCGAGUGGUCUGAUGGCGUCGCUGCCGAGGAGAUCCGCAAUGCCACUCGGGAUGCCGGACAGCCGGACCAUCACUGGGUGAUGUUUGAUGGACCUGUGGAUGCACUGUGGAUCGAGAGCAUGAACACAGUGUUGGACGACAACAAGAAGCUCUGUCUCGUGAGUGGAGAGAUCAUUGCCCUCACCCCACAGAUGCGCAUGAUGUUCGAAGUCGAGGACUUGGAAGUGGCUUCUCCUGCUACAGUCUCUCGCUGCGGCAUGAUCUACAUGGAACCGGAGAGCUUAGGCUUCCAGCCUCUCUUUGACUCCUGGCUCGCCGCGCUGCCGGAGACUUUCAACUUUCA